GAGGAGACUUUGUGUGCUGGGUUCCACAGCUGCUAGGGGACAGCCGCCUGUUUCCAGGAUACUGCCGUAAACAGGGCCACCUGAGCACCCAGCCAUGCUGCAGGCAGGCACCUUGACCUCAACGAUAAAACUAACUUCAGGUGUGUGGUACUGGAAGGAUGACACUAACACACUUGAAUUUGCAAGCUCCAGUCCAGCAGCUGAAGAAAACCUUAAGGAAGGAAAAAAUGCUCACCUUCAGGAAAUAUGUGUCAAGACAUUAAAGAGCAUUUUCCAAGAUGAAUGCAGUGCUGCACUCCCUGAAAAAAGGCUGGCUGACAAUGAGGAAAAAAUUCAUAAGCUGUCAAAGUGGAUAAAACAUGAAUAUGUGACACUGGAUGAUGUCAAAUAUAUUGCUUUCCUUUUGAAAGAAGAAAAUGAGUCACAUCGCAUGCUACCAUUUGCAGCAGUUAUGGGGAAUAAGAAACUGGAUGAGUUCCUCAUGGCCCUGCUUUUCUACAUGUCUUUUUACCUGGAAAAAAUUGCCCUGGAAAAGAAAACCAGAUCCUUGAUUUUGACUGUGAUUUUUCUGGAAAAUAAAGAAAUGGAUGAUUUGCUGGCGAAGUUAGUGGUGGCCAAGAUUUACCUUGCCAAAGUUUACAGUAACCUUGUCCUUGGGAGAGGCAUAGCACAGCAGAGCCACACAUCUCGUGGAAAGAGAAAAACAUCUUUGCAGAAAGAUCGGAAUUUCUUUGAGGGCUUCUACAACUUCUGCAGCUAUGUGACUUGGCUUGUGUUCAGACGGAAGCACUUCCAAGUGAUUCGGGAAGAAAUCGGCAGGCUCCUUUGCUCCGACAUGUUCAAUCUCGCCUUAAGAGACAGGAACCGUGUUUUCUUGCAGAAAGCAGAUGACCAGACUACUGAUGCAAAUGCAGUGAGACUACCACAUCGGGGACAAGUCCCUGCCAAGCAUCCACCCAUAAACAGCAUGGUUCACCAGCACUCACCUGUGCUCAGCACACUGCUGCCCUUACCAAAGGAGAAUGCUCAAUACCGCUCCCAGAACCACUACUGUCGGGGCAGAGGCCCACAACCCUGCUCUUGUGACAACCUACCAGACUUCUCAGAAUUGCUCACUACCAAGGUGGGCAUCCUUGGAGCUCAUUGUAGUGAGUUAAAUUCCCUUUUGCUCCAGUCUGACGGGACAAUGGAAGAGGAAGAACAAGACCAAGAUCAAGAACAAAGAGAAGAACAAGGGAAACUAAGGCGUCACUCCUUUGUCCUGACAAAAGAUCUGAGUUUAUCAGCUCUGUGAAGCCCCCAGAACAGGCUUAGUAGUGAGAGUGCUGUAUUCUCAAGACCAAUGGCAGAAGCUGAUCAUAACGAGGACAACUAGCAGAAGCUGAGUGGCAUGGUUUCACAACACUAAGUAAAUAAUUUUGAAACUGCAGCUUAAAAAGCCAAAAUCAUUUCUCAGAGGUGGGGUAGUUUAACACACAAAGAUCUGCAUGGGUGACCUGGACUAUCAUUCCUGGUUCUGUCACUAACUAUUCCUCUUUUAUCUUAAUGCCUUCUUCUCACCAUUUCUGAGGAAUUAUUUUACUGACUUAUUUUGGGAAGUGCUUUGACACCUGCAGAUGAAUAUGAUUAUUGAUUUUAAUGUCAGCCUUCUUUUUUAAAGGAUAAGCAAAGUAACCAGGAUACAUGACUUACUGUGGCCUAGAAGUUCCUGAAGCUGUCCUUUUAAAGGAACUUACUCUUGAAUCUUUAAUAUAUUGUUUACUCCUUUUUUAAUUUCCAUCAGCUCUCAUUCAGUUCUUAUAUUUUGUAGCCUAAUUUAUGACUCGCUGUGAAAAGAGUAUAGCAAAGAGGGAUCUUCUUCAUAUACAUGAUGUAAGUGGAGCAGUCUUUACUCAGAAUUAACAUUUCCAAGCUUUACAUUUGCGUUCAUGUUGGGCAGACAGGUUAAUGCUCAUAUGAUCUUAAAAACAGUGGCAAGGCCUUCAAAUGGUGCUUUGGUUGCAGAUUUCCUGUGAGUCUGGUUGUGCAACAGCAUGUGCAAAUGUCUCUCCAGGCCGCACAGCUACUCCUGGAUGGUACACACCUGGCUGGACAUGCAAGAGGCAGUUGUGGUAUCACUGCCCUGCAGCAACAUGGUUUCUCUACUGAAUGAUGCAGCAAGAUGUUGACCAGUACCUGGAGCUGAGGGAGGCUACAUCACAGCUUCCUUCUCAUGCUGUUGGGAGAAACCUUUCAGUUUCUGCUUUAGGAGGCCUUGGCUUGGUCUCGGUCACCUUUGUCUGCAUCUGUAUCAUGCUGUAUGGCACACUGUGAGUAAAACCUGAUGGUCCUAGUGAGUUCUGCUUUUAAGACAUGGUGAUAGUAAGCCAAGUCCUCAGUGAUGGCUUUGGGCCAUCUGACAACAGCCUUGAACUUUCUAGAAAGGAUUGAGAAAUACUUUGAAGUUCAGAUCCUUUAGUCAGCAGAGCCCUUUCCAGGGUUACCUUCUCAGGGCUGAGCGUCUGUUUCUUCUGAGGCAAUGGAUGUCUAACACAGACACCCCAUACCUGUUUAAGCAUGUAAGCAAGGCCUGGCAGCCUUUCACACAUGACAGUGAGUCAUCCUUCCAGCAGGAGAGACUGAGUCAGAAAGGGCAGUUGACAAGCUUUAUUUAUCGGUCUCCUGUUAUUUGGCCCCGGAGAAUUUCACUCUGGAAAACCCACCCUUGUUAAUGACAGGCGGAGCUCAGAAGUGUAUCAUGCGACUACUGGCUUUUAUUCCCAUAGGCUUUUGCAUGCAGUUUCAGGAAGACACGGCAGAUUGGCCAUUUCCAUGAAUUUCUCUUUUUAAAGAGACUCUAAACAUGCCAGCUGUAUCAGAAUAACUUGCCCAACAUAGGGUUGCCAUAAACAAUACAAAUUCAAAUGCCUCCGAGUGAUGAAAAGAGCUGGGGGUUCUGUGCAACAGCAAUUCUUGAGUUCCCAUUUACUUUCUUCUCUUAGGGCUGAUUUGCUCAGAGCUUUAAUCGAAUGCUGCUAGCAUAGCCUAGUGUCUUGACUGGCUUUUGAUUAUGGUUCUGCCACUCACAGGCUCCAUAUAGGGUGUGUCAGGCUUUCCAGUGUACGUGUCUAUUUUCAGAGGUUAUAUUGCUCUGUUGUAGAAAUUCACACCAAGAAGAAAGUUGGCAGGAAACUUCGCAACUCAGAGAUGGAAAAAGAAACAGGGAAAAAAAAGUCUGCCUGAUGAUUAAUGAAGGAAACCCUGCCCUGAGAGGUUUCAGGCUUUGCACUCGGGAGAGAGAUGACACUGCAGCAGGGAGAUCCACUGAGAUGUGAGGUAACCAUUUUGUGUAGUUGAGAUGUGCAAAGAAGCAGUGUAGACUUCAUCCAUUCUACUUGUGUUGUGGAGGGGUUCAGGGCAGUAAUCCAUGAAGUGCUACAGGGCUCAGCAGUCUCAGCUCAUGUGGCAGGGCCUGGGGCUCUUGCAAGUUCUUUGUGGUCCUGUGGGUUCAUCUUGUUCUGUUAGAGGCUGGUGUCUGAUAUACAGAGAAAAGCAGUCUGAGCCUGCUUGUUUUCCUGUGCAAGAAAGACAGGCCAAAAGCUGCACCUCAUCAGCAAAUAACAGGUUUUAUCCAUUUUUACAUGGAUUCAUACACGCAUUCUAGCAAUGUUUUGCUACAGUUAAAUAUGCUGCAUAGGAGACUAACACUUUGAUAUGCCUUUGGUAAUAUGGCUUUUUGUUGCUCCCAUUCGAGUGGAGACAUAACAGAUGCUGCAGUGGUGAAAGGCACCAUCUUGUUUCAUGAUCCUGCCAGUGUCCCUUCUCUGCCUCGAGUCCACCAUUUUACUCCAUCUUCUUUGCCUUCUCAGCUAGACAAAAGAGUCAGGAAUCCUUGACGGAGCUCUGAAGAUGCUUCUCAUUGCUCCUGUUUGUUCUGCUGCUCAUCUCCCUUUCAAAGCCAAGCUGCACCUACCAACCAGCUAGCCCAGGAGAAGUAGCAGCUCCUUUGUACAGAGAGCUGACACCAUCACCUUGGUUGCUCCUCAGCAGGGGGUGGGUGUGAUGCUUGUGAUGCCUUUUUACCCCCAGGUGUGCUAGGGGAAAGAGAGCAGCGGUCAGACUGGAAACUGAACAGGGCACUGAUUUGCACUAAGAGAGGAAGUUAUCAGUCUGGAUUUUCUUAAGCAAGGCUUCCGAAUGGUGGUGGCAUGUGUUCCUGCACUGGAUGGGACUAAAACCUUCACCUUGUAAGCAAACCACAGUGGAAGUAUUGUGCACCAGUUACAGUUCUUGUGGAUCAGGCUAUGUUAGAAUGUUUACAGUGAGAUUUUUACAGUUUGCAGCAAAAAUAAAACAAACUGCAAUUCA